AUGGCAGCAGAAAAGGAAGACUACCGCUCCGCCGCAUCGACACAUAUCCGCGCCCUGUCGACCCUCUCCUCGCGCGUUCCUCCCAUCCUCAAUCAUGCGGCAACCACGCUCUCCCAACUGACGAAUGCGCCGAUUUCAUCCUCCACCACUGCAGACUCAUCGCAAGCCCGCCGCAAUGCUAUUUCUUCUUCCGCGAAAGAAUACUUCACCGCCGUGUUUGACAUCGCAAAAGACCUACAUAAACAAGUCAGCGACCUGGAAGAGGCAGGCGUGAUUCCCGCCGAGGAAGUCCGGUAUAUCGCACGCACAGUCAGGGAAGAGGAUACGGCGUUUGGCGGCCAGGGUGGUGUAUUAGCAAAGACGGGAAUGCCGCAGACGAUGCCUAAAGAUAGCGAGGUCACUAUUACCAAUGGCGGGUUAGGCGAGUUUGACAUCGGGGUGCUGAAUGCGCGCGCGGGUAUCCGGGAGAGUGGAGAGGGCGAAGUAUUGGAGAAGGUCAAGAGGCUUUUGGAGGAUUUGGACGGCCGGACGAAGGAGGACAGCAAAGAGAGUGGCGAGAAAAUGGAUGAAACAUGA